UCGGGACGGCGCUUCCUGGCGUGACACCCUGACUGACUGUUCGUUUCCUGGCUCGGGGAAGCUGUCAGCCGCCGGCCGUCGUCCAGGAGCCAAAGACCGUUGAGGGUUGCAGUCAUGUCGGCAGCUGCUCUCGGGACCAGUAAGGCGGCCCACAGCGAUGUGGCUGCGAGGAAGAAGAAGGGACCAGGGGCCCUGGCCACGGCCUACCUGGUCAUUUACAACGUUGUUAUGACAGCGGGGUGGCUGGUGAUCGCGGUGGGCCUGGUCCGAGCUUACCUGGCCAGAGGAAGCUACCAUGGGCUGUACUACUCCAUAGAGAAGCCCCUGAAGUUCUUUCAGACUGGAGCUAUUCUGGAGAUCCUGCACUGUGCUGUAGGAAUCGUACCGUCCUCUGUGGUCCUGACGGGAUUCCAGGUCAUGUCCCGGGUCUUCCUCACCUGGGCCGUCACACACAGCGUCAGGGAGGUGCAGAGUGAGGACAGCGUGCUGCUGUUUGUCACCGCCUGGACCGUCACGGAGAUCAUCCGCUACUCUUUCUACACCUUCAGCCUGCUCAAUCACCUGCCGUUCCUCAUCAAAUGGGCAAGGUACACGUUCUUCAUCGUGCUGUAUCCCAUGGGAGUGACUGGAGAGCUGCUGACUAUCUACGCAGCGCUGCCGUACGUGCAGAAGACGGGCCUGUACUCUGUCACUCUCCCCAACAAGUACAACUUCUCUUUUGACUACUACACCUUCCUCAUCCUCGCCAUGAUCUCCUACAUUCCCCUCUUCCCCCAGCUCUACUUCCACAUGAUCCGACAGAGGAAGAAGGUGCUGGGCCACGCGGAGGACCUCAGCAAAGUGGAGUGAGCCUGACAGCAUCUAAUGGAGAGGGGGAAAAAAAAGAGAAACCAAAACAACCAAUGGAACAGGAACAAAAUCAUGUCUGCUUAAUGAAAUGCAAAGCUCAGCCAAUUUUCAAACUGCCACAACUGACCUGGCAGAAGAUCAGAAUUAUCAAGCAAACUUUCUUUUUUUUUCUCCCAGCUGUUGUCCAGGUUGUAUCGGUGCUCACAAACCAUGAAUGAACUGGUGUUAAUUUUUGUGUGUGUUGUUUUUAUUUCUGGACGAACCCAGCGUUUGUUUUUGUUCAGAGAGCCUGCAGCUGUAACCAAACUGUAUGUCGACGUGGAUACAGUUGAGCUGCUGUCUGAGCCGUGAGCUGAACUCGGCCACGGCAAAAGCAUUCAUCCGAAUGAUGCACUGAUAGAAUCGAUAACCUCUUCUUAAAUGUCAUGAUAGAAAAAUAGAUUUUCACCUCCCCGUGGCUCGUCCUUCUGUGUUUUUUUUUUUUAAAGAAGCAGUUCAGCUUUAUUAUGAUGUAGACAGAAAAAUGUGAACACUAAGUCGUCUGUAGGUUUGGCAUCCGCGUUGUGUUUGUUGGUGCAAACUGUGGGCCAGAAAUCUUUUGGGUUUUUUUUUCACUCAUUUCAGUCAGAAGUCUGAUUACAUUCCUAAUUUAGUUCAAUAAACCGUUUUCAUUCUGUGCUUGCAUGUUUUUCUAUCUGUUGUCCGCUCACUGCUAACUGCUGUGUUUGGUGUUUGCUUGGAUGUGGUUUGGACUUCUGUCUCUGUUGCAUCCUUUAGUGGUCUGACAUGGAUUAUGCUCACUCUUCAAAAGCUUUAGUUUCCCCAGUGAUCGUGAGUUGUGUCUUUUGAUUUCCUCAUUAUUUGAUGUUUAAGCGGUUUCUACAUUAAUAACCUAAAGUAGCCAGAAUGUUGUUGUUGUUUUUUUUUCACCAUCACACCAUCGAAGUGAGCAAACAUUCCUCUUCUCAUGUGAUUGCAUUAUUUCUUUUAUCUAUUAAAAGUAACACAUUUUAGCAUUUUUAAAUAAACUUUAAACAUCUAAAUCAGAACAUGCACACUUUCAUUUAUGCUUUUUCUUAUGCUUCAUCCCAUCAGUUAUUAUUUCAAGAGGUUGCCGCGGCUUAGAAAUGGAAGAGCACAGUGAUGACAUGACUUAAGUUAAGCAAAAAACAAAUAGCACAACAUACAGUAGCAACUUUAAUAUUGUAGCCCAAAUACAUGUUGGAAUAUUAACUUCAUGGACUGUUAGAGUACAGAGUGAUGUCAUAACCUGGUAGAUAAAAUUGGUGGUCAUUCAUUUAUAUGGAGCCCUGUCUGCUAAAAGCCUGUUGUUAGUCAAUGUGGGCUUGGGUCUGAACUGAGUGAGUGAGCUUGCAGUCCUGCCUGUUCAGUGAGGUGAAUCCGAUCAUGUGCAGAACUGUGAAUCAGACCAGCGCCACCUUUUCUUUGCCUCCAUAUAAAAAAAAAAAGACUUGUGAUGAUCAUAUUUGAUUCCCAUUCCAUUGUGUUAGCUCAUUGUUUUGUGAUCCUGAAAGAUGCAGCUGCUCUAUCACAAUCAUUCUUUUAUUCAGCAGACUGAGAACAGUCAACCACUGUAGGUCAGCAAAAAACUUUCACGGCAAUGAAAAUGAUGUAACUGUCCACACUGAAGUCAGUGCAUUAUCCAUAGUGAUAUGGGCAUUGGUGUCUAAACAAAUAGACUUCCUGUCACAUCCAUUGUAAUGGGGUGGAGGCAAAAAUCUCAGCAAGUCUAAAUGCAGAUAAAUUCCACUUAAGUGAGAUGUUUUUGUAAAUCGGGUGAACCGAUCCUUUAAUAGUUCCAACCCCAGUCGCUGCAGCGUGUUCUUUCAAACGUGCUCUCAGGAGCAAACAUCCAUCAACGUGCAGUGUCAACAUAACUCUACUUAUCACCAGUCCCCCCGCUUCAAAUCACACAUGUUGCUAAAGUCCUGCUCGCCGUCAUGACCAUAAACCUGUCUCACACUCACACUGAGCAGCUAGUGGGUGUAAUGUCAAAUUUAGCCCUCUGUGCUCUUUCUCCUUUCCUCUUUCCCCCUGGCAGAUGAUGGUUGAGCAUGAUUUUGGGAUACUUGUUGGAAAUGUCUUGCAGAAGCAGAGGUGCAGCUCGUCGUAAAACUGCAUGAAAGAGGAAAAGUGAUGAUCUGUGUUACAACUUAACAACAAAAAACAAAUACAAAGCAUGGCAUAUGUUACUCCAGAACUGGUUCUACUGAAUAAAGUUUUGAUACAAAUGUUUUUGCAUGGGGCCAGCCGACUUUGUACAGGUAUGAAUAAUGAAUAUAUAUUUACAAUAAACCUAUAAUAUGGGAA